CGAUGGCUACCUUCCCCCCAAGAUGACCAAGAGGAUUCUUGAGCAGGCCCGCGAGCAGCGGGACGAGAUGGAGGAAGAGGAGGAGGAGGCUGAGGCACCCGGGGUGGCGGGUGGGGGGGGACGCGGACUGGUGGGGGACCAGCGGUUUUCCUUCGCGACCCCGGUUCCCGGUGGCUCUCCCGGUGGGUUAAGACAAGACGACAGCGAUGAUGAUGAUGAUGACGAUGAUGAGGAGGAAGAAGAGUAUGAGGAAGGGCUUGCGGAUGAGGUCGCGAUGUCGGAGGCGGAGGAGAGGCUAGUCUCAAGCUUCAUGAACGCUGCGCCGUUCCAACGGAGAUCCCUCGCGGACAUCAUCAUGGAGAAGAUCAGGGAGAAGGAGGAGGGCGAGACCAGGGCGGCGGGGAUGGGCGGGGGCGGCGACGAGGACGAGGACGGUAUGCCAAGACUGCCUCCAAAGGUUGUCGAGGUGUACGGGGCUAUCGGGAAGAUGCUGAAAUCGUACACCGCAGGGAAGCUCCCCAAGGCGUUCAAGAUCAUCCCUUCGCUCACAAAUUGGGAGCAGGUGCUGUGGUUGACCAGACCCGAGCAAUGGUCGAGCCACGCCAUGCUCGCAGCUACCAAGAUCUUCGCGUCCAACUUCAACGCGAAGAUGGCGCAGAGAUUCUACAACGUCUUCCUCUUGGAGGCUUGCCGAACGGACAUCCUGGAGAACCGACGGCUGAACUACCAUCUCUACGAAGCUCUCCGCAAGUCGGUUUACAAGCCAGCGGCGUUUUACAAGGGGAUGCUUCUACCUUUGGCUUCCGCGGGGGACUGCACCCUCAGGGAAGCAGCCAUCUUCGCCAGCGUCCUUUCGAGAGUGACGAUUCCGGCGAACCACUCCGCGGUAGCGUUGCUCAAGCUGGCGCAGCUUCCGUACAACGGCGCCACGUCUCUCUUCAUCCGUGUGCUGCUCAACAAGAAGUACGCGCUCCCGUACAAGGUUAUCGACUCUCUGGUCGACCACUUCAUGACCUUCACCACGGAAACCCGAGUCCUUCCCGUUCUGUGGCAUCAGAGCCUGCUCGUCUUCGCGCAGCGGUAUCGAGGAGAUAUCACCCGCGCCGACAAGGACCGACUUAAAGAGCUACUGAAAGCCCAACAGCACCACCAAAUUACACCAGAGGUGCGACGGCAGCUCUUCAUGGGCAGCUGCAGAGGGGAGCCCAAAGGCAGCCUCGCGUCCACCCCGCGAUCAACGAACGAUGCCAUGGCGACGGGAUGACGAUAUUCAUUCUUGGUUCGAGGGGCGAGCGUUCGGCCGAUGAACCAAGCGUAGAAUACUUGCAGACGUUUUUUUCUGUAUGCUUGAUUGAGCAACCGAAAGGGCAGCUGGCAUGAUCAGGGAACGGGGCGAAUACUAAAAUCGAUCGCAUUGAAUGCAGUUUGCGAGAUAUGUUGAAUUGUGGCUACUGAAUUUCACGUCGAACUUCGUACUGUUGGUAGAGCCACCCCGUUGUCACCCGGUGUAACCAACUUUACGGGCGAACAUGCCGAAACGGUAACUGCACGAAUAGCGGCAGAUGGACUAUGUUGGGUGUUUUCUGGUAGUGGAACGAAGCACCACAGCAGCAUGUGCCUCGCGAAGGCAGUGAAAGCAGCAGCACUGGAAGUCAAUAUGGGGUCACUGUCUAUUUGUAGGCGAUGGAGUAUGCUUCUGAAACGGCGCCGAAGAAGUGUUGGUUGUGGCAUGUCCGCUUCCGGCCAAUGAAGCGGAUCCCAGCAGUCUUGCUAGGGUUGGAAUAUCGCCAAGAAAAGAUUCACAUGCGGUGGAAUGCGCAUUUUUUU